AGCAGCUGCGGGAGCCGAAGCGCUGCCGGGGGCGGCCCCGGGCAUGGGGCAGCCGGCACGGGGCCCGGGCUGGCGAUGGGUGGCGUGACAGCGACCACGAUGCGCUCCGAGGGCGCGGCCCCGGGGUGGGCGGCGCGGUACAGGGCACUGAGCCUGGUGCUGGCGGCUCUACUGGGUCAAGUGGCAGAAGGUCGCCGGAUCAUCGAUAAUAUCCAGAGAUUCUCUUCAUUGCCGCCGUACCUGCCCGUGAGCUUCCACAUCCUCAGAACUGAGACCUCCUUCUUCCUAAAGGAGGCCAACCCUGACCUGCUGCGGAAUGCCAGCCUGCAGUCCAGGGUGGAGUCUUUCUUUACCUACAAGGCCAGGCAGCCCCCAGUAUUAAAUGCCAGCUAUGGGCCAUACUCUGCAGAAAAGGUUAUACCCCUGGACUUGAUGUUGAACCCCAACUUUUUAGGCCCAACAAAUCAGUUUCCCUUUGACUGGAGGCUCAAGGCCUACAUCCUCCAAGAGAAAGUCUACCUGAGUCGGCCCAAAGUGCAGGUGCUCUUCCAUAUUGUGGGCAGAGACUGGGAUGACCACAGAGCGGCCGAGAAACUGCCCUGCCUGAGGGUCUUUGCUUUUCGAGAUACCCGGGAAGUUCGGGGCAGCUGCCGGCUGGCUGGGGCCCUGGGGCUGUGCAUAGCCCAGCUGGAGAUGUCGCCUGGCUGGUUCAGUCCCCCGAUGAUUAUGUCCGGGCAAAGGAGGCCCGCGGAGCAGCCAGAAGGGAACCUCGUGGAAUUGUACUACACUGUGCAUCCAGGGGACGAGCGAGGGGAUUGCACCGGAGGUGACACCAGAAAGGACAACGCCAUCCGUCCAGGGAAGGAUGGGCAGGAGGACAGGACGUCCCACCUGCAGAAGAUUGGCAGCAUUGGCCUUUUCCGCACCCAGGACAGCAUCCAGCUCAGCGAACUGCGUUUGGAUGGCAAUGUGGUCAUCUGGCUGCCCUCCCAGCCCGUCAAGCAGGGAGACAUAGUCACUGCCUCUGUCACCAUCUCCAAUAACUCUACUGUGGACCAUUUCAUCCUGAGAGCCAAGGUGAAGAAGGGGGUGAACAUUCUGAGCGCACAGACCAGCGAGCCUCGGCAGUGGGAUGUGAGACAGGAGGUGGGCAAUGGAGGGAAGCACACCACCACCUCUGUGGCCUGCCAGCGCCUGGGCCCCGGGACGCGCAAUAGAAGCGGCAAUCUAUUCAACGAGGUCAUGCAGAUGAAUUUUGAAAUCGCCAGUUUCAGCAGCCUCUCCGGGACACAGCCCAUCACAUGGCAGGUGGAGUACCCCAGGAAGGGGACCACAGACAUCGCUGUGUCUGAGAUCUUCAUCAGCCAGAAGGACCUGGUCGCCAUUGUCCCCCUCGCUAUGGACACGGAACUCCUGAACACAGCCAUCCUCACGGGGAAGACGGUGGCCAUGCCUGUCAGGGUGGUGUCGGUGGAGGAGAACAGCACAGUAAGGGACAUCUCAGAGCUGGUGGAGUGCAAGGCCAUGGAUGAGGAUGUCAUCAAGGUGUCAGACCACUGCGACUAUGUCUUUGUCAAUGGCAAAGAGAUCAAGGGCAAGGUGGACUCCGUGGUGAAUUUUACCUACCAGCACCUGAGCGCACCCCUGCAUGUCACUGUGUGGGUGCCCCGGCUUCCCCUGCAGAUCGAGGUCUCUGACACAGAACUCAGCCAGGUUAAGGGCUGGCGGGUUCCCAUCGUGGCCAGCAAGAGACCCACUCGGGACAGCGAAGAGGAGGAAGAAGAGGAGCAGAGAGGCCGGGGUUGUGCCCUGCAGUUCCAGCAUGCCACGGUGCGCGUCCUCACCCAGUUUGUGUCGGAGGGUGCUGGGCCCUGGGGCCAGCUGAGUCACCUCCUCAGUCCAGACUGGCAGUCUGACAUCACCCACCUGGUGGCUGACUUCAUGAAGCUGGAGUCCCCGCACAUAGCCACCCUGCAGGACAGCAGGGUCCUGGUUGGGCGGGAAGUUGGGAUGACCACCAUCCAGGUGUUGUCCCCACUGUCCGACUCCAUCUUGGCAGAGAAGACAGUAACGGUGCUGGAUGACAAAGUGUCCCUGACAGACUUGACUGUCCAGGUGGUGGCUGGGCUGUCUAUGACCCUGCACCCCAUCGCAGAGAACAACAAAGCUACCACAGCUAUGGUCACAGCUGAGGAGCUGCUGCGGGCCCCCAAACAGGAAGCUAUAGUCAGCACAUGGCUCCAAUUCAGUGAUGGCUCAGUGACACCCCUGGACAUCUAUGACACCAAGGACUUCUCCCUGACGGCCACUUCCUUGGACGAGACUGUCGUGUCCAUCCCACAGCCCCUCUCACCUUGGUGGCCCACUGUGGUGGCUGAAGGAGAAGGCCAGGGCCCAUUGCUCCGAGUGGACAUGUCCAUUGCUGAGGCCUGUCAGAAAUCCAAACGCAAGAGUGUGCUAGCUGUGGGCAUCGGCCACGUGGGGGUCAAGUUUGGAUGGGACGAUGCUGACGCCAUCAAGACUGGUGAUAAGGAUGAGGAGGAAAUAAAGAACCAUGCCAGUGAUCGCCGGCAGAAGAUUCAGGACCUGGACCGCUCAGGCCAGGAUGAGCGCUACCAUGGCAACUCUCCUGGGGAUCGUGAGGAAGGGGCCCUGCUGAGUGCCACCACCACUGCCAAGUCCCUGCUGGAUAACAAAGUGGGGAAGAGUGGCAGGCUGGAUGGGGCCAGGCUACACAGCAUCCCCAUAGACUUCACCAACUUCCCAGCCCAUGUGGACCUCCCCAAAGCCGGAAGUACACUGGAGGAGAAUGGUCUGAUGCAGACCGCCCAUGGCCUGAGUGACCUGGAGAUUGGAAUGUACGCCCUCCUGGGGGUCUUCUGCCUGGCCAUCCUUGUCUUUCUCAUUAACUGUGCCACCUUUGCCUUCAAGUAUAGGCACAAACAGGUGCCUCUGGAAGGCCAGGCAUCCAUGACUCACUCUCACGACUGGGUAUGGCUGGGCAAUGAGGCAGAACUCCUGGAGAACAUUGGGGAUGUGUCACCUCCCCAAGAUGAACACACGACCAUCAUAGACCGAGGGCUGGGAGGCUGUGAAGAGAGCAACCACCUGCUUCUCAAUGGUGGCUCCCAGAAGCACAUGCAGAGCCAGGUCCACAGGCCACCCGGCUCCGGGGGGCGGCAGGGGAGGGAGCUCAGGCAGGAACCUGCAAACUCACCCACCUCCAAGAUGAAGAAGGUGAAGUUUGCCACCUUCACCAUGCCACCCGAGGACAACUGCCCCACAGUGAACUCUAUCCUCAGUGGGGACGAUGACAUCAAAUGGGUCUGCCAAGACCUAGAUGUGGGCACAUCUAAGGAUCUCAGAACCUAUCUGGAGAAAUUCCAAGACAAUGUGUAGCAUUCUGGCCACCUCUCCAACUCGGACAGUGCCCUCCUUUCUUCCUUCCCUCGGCCGAGUAGCUGGAUGGAGCAAGCUCCCAGUGGACUGAGCGAGGAAGAUUGGGGCCCACAAAAUGCCAGCUAGCCGUUUAGAAGCUGGGAAGGGAGGUUUUUAUAUUAAAGGGUUUUUUGUUUUGUUUUGUUUUUUUAGCAGUUGAGGAUGGAUAGGUUUCCAGAAGUUUGAGUCUCUGACUCCACAGGGAGGCAGAGUUGAUCCAUGACAGAACUACUCAGAGGUGAGAGGGUUAUUUUCUGACUCAAGAUACACUGCAGAAAAGCUACCAAAAAUAUUUGUUAAAAAAAUACAAAAAAGACAAAUAAAAAGACACAAACGACUGUUGGUUUAUAUUUCUAAUAAAGGAACAAAAUGUAAACAUAGGGCUUGCUAAGAGGCAGCCUCCAUUUUAAUUCAAUCUUCAUGUUUCUGAGGACAGCCCAUGUCCAUCAACCUGGUACCCAGGACGAAGUACAUCUUGUACUGGUUGUCUUUUAGGAAGAACAAGAAUUUUACAUUCAAUUCUAUAUCCCUUUUUGCUUCCAUGUCUCCUUCUUGUGGCCUAGGCUUCCAUUUGAUUGAAUUUCAUGUUUAUUUCCAAGGACCAAGUGGUAUAUUUUCCUAAAUGAAAUAUAAAUUAUAUUUCUAUUCACUAGAUAGGGUUUUUUUUCCCUCUUUUUAGGAAGAUCAUCAAUGAGUUCGAGCUUGAUGUUGUAACAUUAACCUGUUUUUAUAUCUCCCUGCUUUGUUGACCUUUUCUGGCUUUUUUUCUUUAAACAAUAUAGGAAGUGCUCAGCUCCUCCCAUGGGGAGAGUGAGUUCCACAGCCAUCACCAGUUGGGUCAGGCCAGCGGGUGGAAGAGUGUUCACAGCUAUCUGAAUAGGAUGUGGCCAGGAGAACAGGGCACAGACUGUGACACCCGGCCACUCCCUGUGAAGUCAGAGAUUCGGUGUCUCCCUCAGUGUGAACACUGUAGAGAGAUGUUAGUCCAAUCAUAAGGGCAGGGUGUUCAGAGCCAGGCAGAUGGGCCAUGGCUACCACAAGAGACAGCCAACACUGUACUGAACUAACAGAAAAGAUGUUUGGGGGUAGAGUUGAGUUAUCAGAUUUUAUUGGGCAGGGUAAACCAACAUAAGCUCAAAAUGAUUAAAAAAAAAUCUAUGUUAGAUUGUCAUUUAAACUGUGGCUUUGCACAGCGGUGUAACAGCACAGCACAGAAUUGUAUCCACUCGGAGCAGAGUGAUUGCAUGAAAAGUGAGCAGAUGAACUCCUAGGAUGUCCAGGGCCUGGCGCUCUCCAUCCAUCAUCAGAGGGAGAGGACACCCGGUACUGUGACCCUCAGCUGAGCAGCACUCAUAGACAUACCAGGGGAUGGCCAUUGUUUUCGUUUUUUUCUAUUACUAAAAUCUGUAGCUGAGAAAAGGUCCUGGAAGCCUGGUGACCUUGGUUGGACGUUGGACACGUAUAUUUGUAGCAUUUACAAUAGAUUUUCAAAGCUAUUUAUUUAACCCGUGGUGGCAGUUGUCAUUAAAACGCUUGCCAUGGCUUCACAAAUAAGUGUCUCAUGGGAUUUUCUUGUUUCAUCUACUUCCUGCCCUCUGAUCCUUACCAGAUAGAGCUGAAGCAUUCCCCUGUUAAAAAAGAAGCGACACACCUGCCCCUCCCUCGCUUCAUUCGCGGUCAGAUCCAGAGUUAUUUCGAUGGAAUACAAUCUCUAUCCUAUACCCACUGCCACCUACCUGUCCUCAGGUCACAGCAGGGCAGCUGGAGGCAGUUGGUCACAACCCAGUCAG